CGUCCUCCUCCGCGGUUACCGGGAAAGCACUGAAGGGGAAGCGCCAUGAGCCUGGCGGUCGCCUGGCAGCGGCUGCUGGGAGCGGGGCGGGGGGGCCCUACGGCCGCCCUGUGCCGGGCCCUGUGCACGGGUUCCUCGCGGCUGCAGGAGGUGGCGAAGGAGACGCCGAAGGAGGCGGAGAACCGGAGCGUGCCCGACCUGAGUCCUUCAAUCCUGCAGCGGAGCUUCUUAAGAUGGGAUGGAAAGGUGUAUGAAGAGAUCCCAAUAGCUCACAUCAAAGCUACGUACAACAACACCCACAUCCAGGUGGUCAGCUUUGACAACAUGCCGUUUGCUCGUACGUCCUGUGGCACAGAAGGCUUCCAGAAUGCCAAGAAGGGAACUGCCAUUGCAGCACAGACUGCAGCCAUAGCAGCAGCAGUGAAAGCACGUGGGAAGGGUGUAUCGCACGUACGAGUCAUGGUGAAAGGACUGGGACCAGGACGUAAAGCUGCCAUCAAGGGUUUGACUAUGGGAGGACUGAAGGUCAUCUCCAUCACAGACAACACCCCGAUCCCGCACAACGGCUGCCGCCCACGGAAAGCCAGGCGCAUGUGAGAGUGGAAGAGGCAGACAGCUUUCCAUGUCAGCUCAUGCCACAGGGACUGCUUGAAUGUUGCUCCUGAGACAGAGUCUGGACAGCCACCCUCCCUGGAAAUACUUGAAGAGGGAAGCUUGAAGAAGAAGGACCAUCUUGAGCCUGAAAAGCUCAGGUGGUAGAAGCUGCUGGUAAAAGCAAGAAUAUGUGUAAACCCUUAGUGGGAAGCCUCCUGUGUACAAAGUUUGUUGAUUAAAAUGUUGGUCUUUUGACAGCCA